UCCCGUAUGGAUCGUACAGUGGAUAUGCUAAUGGCGGCGGAACGUGCUUUAAUACAGAAUAGAUGUAUGACUGUACCAAGUAUUUUCGUGAGACCGGAUGUUGACAAAAAUACAGCUGCAAAAGUAAAAGAUGUAGUUAGAAAGCAUCAGGGUACUGUCGUGGAGAAUGAGACAGAUGCUACACACAUUAUCUAUCCUCCAGUAGAUCCGAUGGAAGAGGAAUACGCACGACCUUGUAUGAGACGCGAACGAUCGGUUCUAAUUCAUUGGUACUACUUUCCAGACAGCUAUGAUUCCUGGUCAACACUGGAUCUUCCAUGGGACUAUCCCGAAGGAACUUAUACAAACACAAAUUCAAGAUCAAUGUAUAAAGUAUCGGCUACAUGGGCGUUAGAUUUGGAUCAAUAUAAUGAAUGGAUGAACGAAGAAGAUUAUGAGGUAGAUGAUAAUGGUCAGAAAAGAGUACACAAAUACAGGCUUUCGGUGGAAGAUUUGAUGGCACAACCGUCUCAUCCACCACCUGCGAAGAAACCUAAGAGGAAACGAUCGCCCAGCCCACCUCCAAAACUCGGCAAACGUAAGAGUAGCAGAGCACCGUCAGGUAUCCAAAGUGCUUCCUCCGCAUCAUCAGCAACGGUUCCGAAGAAAUCGCGCGGCGGUGAAGAAGAGGAAGAUUUGACUCAGGGAAUGGAGGAUCCGCCCGCUGAACCUCGUAUUGUCGAGGUGGUUGCUACGCCCACGAAUCCACCAAUCACAGGUCAGGGUAAUGCAACAACGGGUAACUCCACAUUGGCAUCUACUGGUAGUAAAAAGCAAGACAGCGAGCUUCAACCUCUUAAAUCUGGCAACUUGACCGAUCUUGAUGAACAAAUGGAAGGAGACAAAGGAAGCUCUCAAGGUGGUCAAGAUAGAGAAGAAAGAGACACUAGUAAAGAAAGAGGUGAAGGUGGCAAAGGUGAUGAACCGGAAGAUAAUGUGACGGAACAAACGCAUCAUAUCGUUGUUCCUAGCUACUCUGCCUGGUUUGAUUAUAAUUCGAUUCAUACUAUAGAGAAGCGGGCUCUAUCAGAAUUCUUUAACGGUAAAAAUAAAUCCAAGACUCCGGAAAUUUAUCUUGCUUAUCGGAAUUUUAUGAUCGAUACCUAUCGAUUAAAUCCAACUGAAUAUAUUACAUCGACCGCGUGCAGGCGGAAUUUAGCCGGAGAUGUAUGCGCGAUUAUGCGUGUGCACGCAUUUUUAGAGCAAUGGGGACUCAUUAACUAUCAGGUAGACGCAGAAUCCAGACCGACACCAAUGGGACCUCCACCAACAUCACAUUUCCACGUUCUGUCGGACACGCCAUCCGGUUUGGCACCAGUCAAUCCGAAUCCGCCGAAAACACCACAACCAUCCGCUGCGAAGAUGUUGCUCGACUUGGAGAAAAAACCGAAUAUAACGGGUGCCCUAGGUACAGAAGAAAAGGCUUCGGCGGGCGCAAUGGCAAACUUCGGUCUGAAAAUCGACCAGUAUUCGAGGAAACCAGCAGUACUGAAGAACAAGCAAGCGGCAGGUGCCACGCGUGAUUGGACAGAACAGGAAACACUUCUACUAUUGGAAGGAUUAGAAUUGCACAAGGACGACUGGAACAAAGUAUGCGAACAUGUGGGUUCGAGAACGCAAGACGAGUGUAUCUUGCAUUUCUUACGUUUACCUAUAGAGGAUCCAUAUCUGGAAGAAGGCGGGCCCGAAGGAUUGGGUCCUUUGGCUUACCAACCCGUACCAUUCUCGAAAGCUGGUAAUCCUGUUAUGAGUACAGUCGCCUUCCUUGCGUCAGUCGUGGACCCUAGAGUAGCCGCGAGCGCAGCAAAGGCAGCUAUGGAAGAAUUUGCCGCAAUAAAGGAUCAAGUACCAGCUGCUUUAUUGGAUCAGCAUUUAAGAAACGUUCAAGCUAGUGCCAGUUCCGACGGUAAAUAUGAUCCAUCGGCUGGUUUGGCACAAUCGGGCAUCGCUGGUACAGGACCACCUGAACCACCUGACGAUACAUCAGCUUCUACCGCGACCCCGUCCGUACCGGCGGGUGCGGCUAGCUCUCCUCAUUCCACAGCUCCUACUCCUGAAAAGAAAGAAGAUCAAGAUAAAUCUAAAGACGCUAUGGAUGUUGAACCAUCUCAGAUAGAAGUCACCAAGAAAGAGGACGAAACAAAAGAGGGCGAAGAGGAUACAAAGUCCAUCACUGAUCCAGAAGCUGCUGAAGCAAAAGAAAAGAAGGAUAAAGUUGUAAGAGACGCUCAGCUUCAAUCUGCAGCGGCGGCAGCGUUAGCGGCUGCGGCUGUUAAGGCCAAACAUUUAGCAGCUGUGGAGGAACGUAAAAUCAAGUCAUUGGUCGCGUUAUUAGUCGAGACGCAAAUGAAAAAGCUAGAAAUCAAGCUGCGUCACUUCGAGGAAUUGGAAACUACGAUGGAACGUGAACGCGAGGGUCUUGAGUAUCAACGGCAGCAACUCAUCACCGAGCGACAGCAGUUCCAUCUCGAGCAGUUGAAGGCAGCCGAAUUCAGGGCGCGACAGCAGGCCCACCAACGAUUGGCUCAAGAACAACAGCAACAACAGCAACAGCAACAGCAACAAAAUCAACAACAUCCACCAUGGCAACCGCCCGGUGCACAGCAGCAGCAGCAACAACCGCCAAGUCCGCAGGCUCAACCGCAACAACAGCCACCACCGCACACGCCUCCGCAGCAGACAUAACUCUUUCAUGGAUCUUUUGGCGGCUGUUCUGGAUUUAGGAUGCACAAGAAGGACAUCAGAUGAGAAUGAUAGUGUUGGAGAAGCUG